AUGUCACCGGUAUCAUUUAAUGUAAAUCCUGAAUAUGCACAAAUUACGGAAAUUGUCCGUGGCUUAUUCAUCUGUGGUGUGAGCUCAUUAACGGCCGAGAAUAUAAAAAAAUAUGAUAUUUCGUUCAUUGUUAAUGCUACCAGAGAAGUACCAAAUGUGCAAUCAUUGGGUAAUAUUCCACGAGUGAAAUUGUGGUUAGAAGAUACCCCGCAAGCAUCUAUUUAUCCACUACUCGAUCAACAAGUUGAUCAAAUUGAAGCAGUGAUAGAAAGUGGUGGUAAUGUAUUGGUGCAUUGUGUGGCCGGGAUAUCGCGGUCUGCUACUAUUUGCCUUGCAUUUCUCACUAAAUUCCGUUGCAAAUCACUCAGGGAGGCCUAUCAAUUAAUGGCCGAAAAACGACCAGUUGUCAGACCUAAUAUCGGAUUUUGGCGACAACUUAUUGUAUAUGAACAGGAUGUGAAACAAAGCAUAGGAACAGUUCAGUUGGUCAGAGAUAAAACACAUCUUGAUCAAGUUAUUCCCGACGUUUAUUUGGAUAUUGAAAUUGGAAUCCAAAAAUCAUCAUUUACAAGAGGCGGUGGAAAUGGAUACAAUUAUGCGGGACAAAAUCUACGUAAUUCAAGUGGGAAAUUAAAAUUUCAGCCAGUAUUAGAACCGGUGCUCGAAUGUGUCGAAGUUAUCGCAUAA